CUGACAUUUGUGACAACUUGCAUUCAAUACGCUCUAUUAGUGAUGACGUAGAUGACGCCAUUUUUGUUGAGAGUGGUCAGUGCGUGAAGCUAAACAUGAAACCAAUGUUGAUAAAGGGGGAGGUUAAAGCCAGCAUGAAAGCAAACAAUUAUAACGUUGAGGUUUCCUUUGAUCUAGAUGAAGGAGUUAAGGAGGCGUCAUGUACUUGCCCAAGAGGAAAGGUCCUUUGCCACCAUAUGGCGGCUUUAUUAUACCAUGCUCACUACCAUGUGAGCACCACUGAUGUGGAAUGUCAGUGGAGUGCUCCACGCGUAAAAGGUGGUAAUGGAGUGGUAAAAUUAAAGGAUAUUUAUCCAGCAAAGCAAAGUUAUAAAGCUGGUCAGAGAAAGGCAACUGACGCAGAAAUUACAGAAUUUCGGAAACAAUUAGGCGCAACAAAUAUUGUGGGAUUUUCUUGGCUGUUGCGUCCUGAAGCCACUCAAGAGGCGUCCAUGUUAAUCCCAGAUAUUGAAGAAAUUUUGCAUUCACCCCAAUACAUAUCGGCCGAAGACAAGGAUGAUUUUGUAAUCAAAACAAGUAAAAUAACCAAAGAAAUAAUUUCCCAAAUUGUAAAUUUGACAAAAGGGCAACAUGUCAAUGAAAACUGGCACAUUGCCAGAAAGCAUCGUCUAACAGCUAGCAGAUUUGGUAUGGUGCUGUCAGCAAUUAAAAGGAAUAAAUUCCCUCCGUCGCUGUUUAAGAGUCUGGCGGAAGGUUACAACUUGGAUCGGGUUGCGGCUGUACAGUGGGGCAAAGAACAUGAAAAGACAGCUCUGCAAGCAUUCAGGGAAGCUGUCGUUGCUGAAGUGGAACCAACUGGCUUUUGGUUAGAUAGAUCAGGAUUUUUAGGGGCCAGUCCUGAUGGAUUAGUUGGAUCUGAUGCAGUGGUGGAAAUAAAAUGUCCGUACAAAUAUCGAGAUGCCCUUUCCUUCAAGGAACUGGAUAAAAAAUACUUCUGUGGUAUGAAGGAGAAGACUUGAUAAUUAACCAAGAACAUAACUAUUACCAUCAGGUGCAGGGCCAGUUAUAUCUAUCAGGUCGAAAUG